AUGAGCGCUAAAAAAGAUAAAAAUCAAUUUGAGCAAGAUUCAGAAGAGGAAUAAAUAGUGAAAAAGGUUAAGAAAAAUGAAGAGCAAAAGAAAAGUAAUGAUUAGAAUGAUGAUGAAUUUCAAAUUGACUCAGAAUAAGAGGGAGAUGAAGAAAUUGAAGAUGAUGGUAUCUAAACUUCUUCUCAUUCCAGUAUAGAUAUAUAGGCUUAUUUAUAACAAAGAGACUAAAUUCCAGAUAACGAUGAUGAUGGUGAUGAUAAUUAAUAAAAAAUGAAAAAGUUAACUCAACAAAAAUAAUAACAAUAAAAAGUGCCUAAAUAAUAAGAGGAGGAUGGUAGUGAUGAUGAUGAUGAGGAUGAGGACGAAAUUGAAGAUGAGGAUGAAGAAGAUGAAGAUGAUGAAGAUGAUGAAAAUGAUGAUGAGGAUGAUGAGGAUGAAGAUGAUAAGCAACCUUAAAAGAAAUUUAAAGUUUAACAAUAAUAAUAAUAACCAAAAAAAUAAAGAUGAUGUUACAUAAAGUUUGUUUAUUUCUGCAUAUUAUUAUUGAACAUUUUGA